UUUUCUUCUGCAGGAUGUGCUCGAUGUUUUUGCCGGAGAUCGCCAGCUUCGUUGCUGCCAUGCUGUUCGCUGUUCAUCCUAUCCAUACAGAAGCGAGGGUUCAAUUAAGGUCAGUGACGGGUGAAGGGAAUGGCUUUGUAAUGCCUACGUGCGCAAGUUUGUUCUUCUCAUUUCCGUCGCAUCUCGGGGAUAUCCGGAAGGCUGGAGGGCCAGUGAAUGGACCGGAAGCCGCUGUUCUUCGUCGCGUGAAAGAACGACGAUCCUCGACGGCGACUGAGUGGUGGCUGCAAUGA